AGUAAAACUGCAGUGUGUAGUGAAGCAUUUGUUAAACAACUCACAAAUUCAACGCAUAUUACUGCUCUGCUAACACGUUUUAGUCACAAAACCGCUAUCAAAAGCAAACAGACAGCAACAUGACGUCGAUAAAUGUGGAAAAGUAUAAACUGUCCGACAAAACGGCAAAGCUCACAGCCAAAGACAUCAUCCCGGUCGUACAGUCGGCCGAUUCGGCGGAAACGCGUGAGUUUCUGAACAAAAUCGCCGAGCUGCUGGUCGACUAUGUGAACAUACAGAACGACCGGAAGGAGAAGAUUCUCGACUUCCACCAUCCGGAGGACAUGAAGAAGCUGCUCACGCUGGACAUUCCGGAGGAGGCCGUCACACUGCAACAGCUGGUGAAGGAUUGUGCCAUGACGCUCAAGUACCAGGUGAAGACAGGACAUCCCCACUUCUUCAACCAGCUGUCGUGCGGUCUGGACGUGGUGUCGAUGGCCGGCGAGUGGCUGACGGCGACCGCCAACACCAACAUGUUCACGUACGAGAUCGCUCCCGUGUUCAUCCUGAUGGAGAACGUGGUGCUGUCGAAGAUGCGCAAGAUUAUCGGAUGGGAUGGUGGCGAUUCGAUUCUCGCCCCGGGCGGUUCCAUCUCGAACCUGUACGCCUUCCUCGCCGCCCGGCACAAGAUGUUCCCGAACUACAAGGAGCAUGGGGCGCGUGCCCUACCGGGCGAGCUGGUAAUGUUCACGUCCGACCAGUGCCACUACUCGGUGAAGUCGUGCGCGGCCGUCUGCGGCCUCGGCACGGAUAACUGCGUGAUGGUACCGUCGGACGAGCACGGCCGGCUGAUUCCGUCCGAGCUGGAACGGUUGAUCCUGGAGAGGAAGGCGCGCGGACAGAUUCCGUUCUUUGUGAAUGCGACCGCCGGCACGACCGUGCUCGGUGCGUUCGAUCCGAUCACUGCGGUGGCUGACAUCUGUGAGAAGUACAACUGCUGGUUCCACGUGGAUGCCGCAUGGGGUGGUGGUCUGCUGCUGUCGAAAAAAUACCGUCAUCCACGCUUCACCGGCAUCGAAAGAUGCGACUCGAUCACGUGGAACCCUCACAAGCUGAUGGGUGCACUGCUGCAGUGUUCGACGAUUCACUUCAAGGAGGACGGUCUUCUGAUUAGCUGCAACCAGAUGUCGGCCGAGUACCUGUUCAUGACGGACAAGCUGUACGACAUCAGCUACGACACCGGCGAUAAGGUGAUCCAGUGCGGACGGCACAACGACAUCUUCAAGCUGUGGCUCCAGUGGCGCUCCAAGGGUACGGAAGGGUUCGGCAAGCACAUGGACCACCUGAUGGAGCUGGCCGAGUACGAGGUGAAGCGCAUCAAGCAGCAGUCGGACAAGUUCCAUCUGAUCAUGGAACCGGAGUGCGUGAACGUGUCGUUCUGGUACAUCCCGAAGCGUUUGCGCGGCGUACCGCACGAUGCGAAGAAGGAGCAGGAGCUCGGCAAGAUCUGUCCCAUCAUCAAGUCGCGCAUGAUGCAGUCCGGUACGCUGAUGGUCGGCUACCAACCGGACGAUCGUCGUCCGAACUUCUUCCGCUCGAUCAUCUCCUCGGUGGCCGUGGCGGAGGCGGACGUUGACUUUAUGCUGAACGAGAUCGAUCGUCUCGGCCAGGAUCUGUAAGCGGGAGGGCGUUGUUGGUAAUGUUAACGCGCCGUUAUAAUUGUAGCAACACACCGAACUACACGGCACAUCAACACGGGCAUCCGUUGUCAUACCCCGUAGCCGAAUAUCCAUCAACUCCAUCGCGUAGUGCGCUCCAAACGGGUAUAACAGCGUACCGUUUUUAAAAAUCGAAUCAACCAAUGAGUAUCAGUUGUGAAGACAUAUCAAUAUCUUCAACAAAGUUGUUGUGUUUGGACGAACGGACAAACAAAACCCAAUCUGCUUUAAUUUAUCUAACCAAGAUAUCUGUGAGGUUUAUGUUUAUGAGGCGUUGCUUCAAGGAGCGUUUUAAUCCAGUUGUUUAGUGAAGCUAGUUUAGGGAAGUUAGUUUAGUUUUAGACGACGAAAAAAAACCCAAACGUUAUUUAUUUCUAGCAGUAUAUUGUGUCAAAGACAUAUCACUUUGUUUAGCACUCCCUUUCCCGAACUCCGAACAAACGGAUGCAUUUAAAUCUUACCGGUGGUGGUUUACACCUAGUUGAAAGCGGUUUUAGUUAGACUUACGGCCGUUGAGUAUCCUGCCCUCGUUGCGGACCUGUAGGACUUGAUUAAAAGAAACCAGACAUUCAUUGAAAAUCAACUAUUUACCCGCAAAACUUUUGACUGUUUGGAAAUCCCUUGUCUGUCCACCGGACCGGAACAUGAAAGGGGAAUGAAAUAUAUAUAUAUAUACAAAUUAAAGUGAAUCUGAAAAAAAGGAAACGAUACAAACGCUAGAGAGAAAUAUAUAUACAUAUGUACACAAAAUCCCACUAUAUACACGGAAUACUACUGUGGCCGCUCCACUCCUCCCCCUGCCCCGCACUAUCCCCAUUUUUGGCCUUUUUGGUGGGAGUGUGACUGUGCAUGUGACGAGUGACAUGCAUCGAUGUUCCACACAUUUGCCAUGGAUGUUUCCUUAUUUCACCUGUUCACCAUCUCGAUGUACCUAGACCCAAGUUCCGAUCGGUUCCAACCGUGCUCUCAUAUCAA